UACUUCACUGCAGUAUCCAGACUAUACAGGACCACGGCUGCUGCGCCACUGAUAGGCUCAGAUACUUAAAGAGAGACAGCGACCAGACCCUCCCUCUCUCUCUCUCUCUGUUUCACAAGCUCAUUCUGCUGUCGUAGAAGCUUCAGGCAGCACAUGCUCAGUGGCUCCUUCUCUCUGUGUGUCUGUCCUGCUGUUUCUGUCAGCAUUUCAGGAUCAGAGACUGACUCUUCUGCACUGUUCUCUGCAUGACUGUCACAAAGAUGUCAUGGCGGCCGACCUACCGGAGCUCCAAGUUUCGAAACGUCUAUGGCAAAGUGGCCAACCGAGAGCACUGCUUCGAGGGCAUCCCGAUCACAAAGAACGUCCAUGACAACCACUUCUGUGCGGUCAACGCCAAGUUCCUCGCCAUAGUGACGGAAAGCGCGGGAGGAGGAUCUUUCGUUGUAAUCCCGGUCACUCAGUUUGGCCGUAUCGACCCUCACUAUCCAAAGGUAUGUGGUCACCAAGGAAAUGUGCUGGACAUCAAAUGGAAUCCUUUCCACGACAACAUAAUCGCAUCUUGUUCAGAGGACUCAUCUGUGCGAAUAUGGGAGAUUCCUGACGGUGGACUGAGAAGGAGUUUGACAGAGUCUGUAUUAGAACUCUAUGGCCACAGCAGGCGUGUGGGCCUCAUCGAGUGGCAUCCAACAACUAGCGGGAUUCUCUUUAGUGCUGGCUAUGACUACAAGAUCCUGAUUUGGAAUCUUGAGAUCGGAGAGCCAGUGAAAAUGAUCGACUGCCACUCAGAUGUGAUUCUGUGUAUGUCAUUUAACACAGAGGGCAGCUUGCUGGCCACCAGCUGCAAAGACAAGAAACUUCGUGUCAUUGAGCCACGCUCAGGCAGAGUUCUGCAGGAGGCCAACUUUAAAAACCACAAAGUGAAUCGUGUUGUGUUCCUAGGCAACAUAAAACGACUCCUAACGACAGGUGUGUCUCGCUGGAACACACGCCAGAUUGCUCUCUGGGACCAGGAGGAUCUGUCCAUGCCGAUCAUUGAAGAGGAGAUUGAUGGUCUUUCUGGACUACUUUUCCCUUUCUAUGAUGCAGACACACACAUGUUGUACUUAGCAGGCAAGGGUGAUGGGAACAUCCGGUACUAUGAGGUCACACUGGACAAACCCUACCUGCAGUACCUCAUGGAGUUCAGGUCCCCUGCACCACAAAAAGGCCUUGGAGUGAUGCCGAAGCAUGGACUGGAUGUAGGAGCAUGUGAAGUCUUUAGGUUUUAUAAGUUGGUGACUCUAAAGGGCCUGAUUGAGCCCAUCUCUAUGAUCGUGCCUAGAAGGUCGGAGACGUAUCAGGAGGACAUUUACCCCAUGACUCCUGGGACAGAACCGGCUCUGUCUGCUGAUGAGUGGCUCAGUGGCAUCAACCGAGGCCCCGUUCUCAUGUCCUUAAAAGAGGGCUACAACAGACCCAACAAGCUGGUGUUCAAAGCACCCGUGAAGGAGAAGAAGGGUGGAGUGGUCAAUGGCAUUGACCUGCUAGAAAACGUGCCUCCCCGUACAGAGAAUGAGCUCUUGCGGAUGUUCUUCAGACAGCAGGAGGAGUUGCGUCGACUGAAGGACGAACUCACACAGAAGGACAUUAAGAUUCGACAGCUGGAGCUGGAGCUCAAUAACAUCAGGAACAGCCCGAACAUCAACAACAACAAUAACAACAGCAAUGGUAGCAGCAUUUGACACAGAACUGUUGAUUUCCUGAAGUGACACACUACAAGCUCCAAACACUGCUGAAACACGGGCUUCCUCUUUCCUAACACUCAAAUAUCCUUCCUUCAAGACCGCAGGAGAGCCGGCGCUUGUCUUCAUAAAGCAGUGUUUCAAUCUGACCGCAGUGUUGACCCCACAGCUGCUGUGUGCUAAGUUGACUUUACUGGAGCGAUGAUUCACUAACCUGGUGAAAAAUCUCCUAUCACAUGACCUUCAGUCACACUACGGGUCAACCUGAAGUGGUUUUGGUACAAGCUAUCCAUUGCAUUUUCAUCUCACAAUUGUAGACAUUACUAGAUUGAAUUAUUAGAAUUAUUUAUUUUUUUCUUUUUUUUUUGCGCUACUUCUAAACAGCUUAAUGACCCCAUAUAGAGAUAAAAAAUGAGUAAGACGUGCUUCCCCCAUCCAGCUGUUAUCUCUUGUAAACAUUAGGUCUAUUGCAUCAUUAUGAUAUGACCCACAGUGCUGUUUUAAAGGGAUAGUUUACCAAGCAAUGCUUGUUGCAAAUUUGUACAAAUAUUUUUAAUUCUGCUCCACACAAAAAAAGUAGUAUGCUCAGCAGGCACCUUGAUGUCAAAACGACAUCAAAAACACAUCAGUAAUGUCAGUUGACUACCUUGAUGUCAAAACGACAUCAAAUUGGUAUCUAAAAUAGGUGUCAAAACCAGGCCAAAAUCUAUUACAGGACUGUCAUGCAGUCCAUUUUUGAUCAUGUUUUGUUUUUCGGUAGCAGUAUUAGAUGUCAAUUUGAUGUAGUUUUGACAUCAAUUUAUUUAAAUCCAUAGGAAUACACAAUUAAGUGUAAAUUUGUUGUUUGAAAUUGAAGCUUUUAGAUUAAUUGGAUUAACUAAACUUUUAGUGUCAUUGUUUUGGUGGUCAAAAUGGAAUCAAUGUGUGAAUGUCAAAUGUAUGUCAAGGUUUUGACAUCAAAUAAUUAAUUAAUUCAUUCAUAUUCUUUUCGGCUUAGUCCCUUUAUUUAUCAGGGGUUGCCACAGCGGAAUGAACCGCCAACUUAUCCAGCACAUAUUUAAGCAGUAAAUGCCCUUCCAGCUGCAACCUAUUACUUGGAAAACACACAUACACUCUCAUUCACACUCAUACUCUACAGACAAUUUAGCUUACCCAAUUCUUUUCUUUGAACUUGUGGUGGAAACCCACUCGAACAUGGGGAGAACAUGCAAACUUCACACAGAAAUGCCAACUAGCGACCUUCUUUCUGUGAGGCGAUCGUGCUUCCCACUGCGCCACCAUGGCGCCCUGACAUCAAAUAAAUUAGCAUUUUUGAUGUUUAAUUUUUUACCCCGCCCUCCAAUCCUCAGAUUUUUUGGGACAGUCUGUUACACCACUGGGUCACCAACUUUAGUAUAAUAUCUGAUUGCAGCAGCCGCCCAAAUUCCACUCUAUAGUACAGUUACUAACACCACGGUACAGUUACUGACACCAGACCUACUACUCGCUGUCCCGGAAUUUCAGAGACAAAUGUUAGCAGGUUUGUUUUGAUAUCAAGGUGUCCACUGGGUUUUGGUAACCAGACAGUUGACAGUAGCCAUUGACUAUGAUUUAGAGCAGAGGUGUCCAAUCUCAGUCCUGGAGAGUCGGUGUCCUGCAAAGUUUAGUUCCAACCCAAAUCAGACACCUCGGCUAGCUAACCAAGCUCUUUUUAGGCUUUCUAGAAACAUCCUUGCAGGUGUGUUUUGGCAAUUUAGAGCAAAAAAUCUGCAGGACAUUGGCCCUUCAGGACCCAGCAACUUGAAGGUGUGUAUUGUAAAUGGUUAGAAGCUAUCCCUUUUUAAUGUUGAAAACACAACAGUUCUAUAAUCGUAAUUGAUGAAUGACAUUUUUCCUGUUGACACCCUCCUAAAUCCUGAAGUACAGAGCUUGUAGUAAAACAAUUUUGUGUCUGCAGUGUGAAUUAUGUUCAAGUCAGUUAACAGGUUAAAUUAUAAGCGUUGCAAAGGGGUCAUGAAUUGUAUAUUUUAUUUUUAUUGCAUUAUUUGAGGUCCACUUGUCGUUCUUUUUCAUAAUCAUAUUUUGAAGUAAUUGGCUGUUUUCUAUCUCGUCUCAUUUUCAAACCCUGUUUUGAUUGGCAUGCCAUAUUCAAGACUCCAAAGUAAAUGGUCACUGUUGGGUAACUGUUUGACAUACUAAAAUAAUAGAUAAACACUGCUUUGAUAGAUUCUAAAAAACAAUACGAGUCACUGAGGUUAAAAACUUUCAAUGACUAUCAAACAAUAGUUGAUAGAUAAACCACCAAUACACAUGGUAAAAAUACAAUGUUGCAUUUGUAUUUUCAAUGUAUAGUCAACAUCUUUUAUUUUAGUCUUUGUGAAAAGCCUGCAUUAAACGUCUUAUUUAUGACCAAUCCACACUCAAAUGAUGCAAAAAAUAAAUAAAUAAAUAAAUAAAUAAAUAAAUGAAUGAAUGAAUAAACAAAAUAAUAAUAGUAAAAGAAACAAAGGAACAGUGUUUUACUGAUGAGAGUUGGAACACUUUUUUCUAAUGUUCUGCCUUUUCUCAUGAUGUAUUGUUAUUUUCAGCAGCAUCUCUAUAUACAGUAUCAAUAGAGGGAAUUUGAUUACCCAAUUCAUGGCCCCUUCAAUUGAAAGGAACUGUUUAUUGCAAAAAUUUAAAUAUAAUUAUAAUUUACCCUCCCUUAAGUGGUUCAAACUUUAAUGAGCUUCUUUUUUUUGUUGAACACUAAAGAAGACAUUUUGAAGAAUGUUUGAAUCUGGAAACCCAACAUCCAGUAAAGAAAAUUAUCCUAUGGAGGUGAAAGGCUACCCGUUUCAAACAUUAUUCAAAGAAUUCUCUUUAAGGUUUAACAGAAGAAUUAAAUUUUUGGGCGAACUACCUUUACAUUUAUUGAAAUGAUUUUACAGUAUAGAUGAAGCAAUGUCAGGUUUUAUCGUUUAUUACACUUUGCACCUGAUGAUGCAUUUCAAAAACUUUUUAAAAUUCCACUUAUUGUAUAGUCAUUAAUUGAAUUAGUGAUAGAGGUAGUGUUAGAUGACAUGCACUGUAGUUUGAAGGGAAGGCUAAUGUUGAAAAAAAAUGUGGUAUAAAGAAAGUUCAGUGUUGGAAGAUGCAUUUUUGAUUCAGUUUGAUGAAGGAAUGGUAAUAUAAUAUUUUAGAGACAGACUGUGAUUUAUAACUCAUAAUGAAGCACUGUUAUAUUUUAUUAACCUUUAAAUCAAGCCUAUUUAUUGAUUUCCAUGUUCAGUUCGCACUUUUAAAUGAAGGUUUUUGUCUUCAGGUUUUUUUGGUUUGAGCUUGUAACCACUUAUCCUUGCCAUUUCAUAAUUGUCAAAUUAUUUACAUCUUAAAGUGCUUCUUAGUUUGAAUGUAUAUUGCUGUCAAUAGCAUUGUAUUCAGCAUACAACUUUCACUGUAAACCCCUUCAAAUGUUGUACACAGGUUUCGGUUGUGCAAAUAUUAUGCAAUGUUUCAGUUCUUGAAGGAAUAGUUUACCCCAAAAUGAAAAAUUACUCAUUAUUUGCUCACCAUUAGUCAGUUUGAAACCUUUAUGAAGUUCUUUUUUUUCUGUUGAACACAAAAGAUAUUUUAAAGAAUGUCACAUAUUUUUACAUUGGAUAUUUUUAUUGAUAUGUUUUGUUUUCAACAGAAAAAAAAAACAAAGAGGUUUCUGACAAAUUAAUGAUGAGUAAACGAUGACGAUUUUUAAUUUUGUGUGAACUAUCACAUUUAAAUCUUACUUUAUUAAUUAAAAUAUGCUAACAUAUUUAUUUUGCCACCAAACUAGACUUUUCUAAUGUUUUUAAUACCACAUUUGCUCAAACCUCUGAUGUGAUGUGUAAAGAUGUCAUCCAUACUGAUCGCUUUAUUCCUGAAUAACCCAUGAUUAUGAAUUAGCUCUCACCUCGAUUGACCAGCAUGGGAAGCAAACUCUUGUCCACCUCAGAAAUACAGCCCUGAGUAUUAAAAAAAAUUUCCUUGCUGACGCUAUUUAAUUAAAACAAUAUGCUGUUGAGCUUUGUGAAUAUUUUGCCUCAUAAAACAAUAACACAAACUGCAGCCGCUCCGGAUUCGUUAUUACAUAGUAAUAGCUGGUUUAAUGUAGUGACACCAGGGGGCAGUACAACCUCAGCUUUUAACAUGUCAGCUCGUAGGCCGACACUUGACACAGAGCAAACAUUACACAGCAUCCCUCGAAAGGACACGAACAAUUGUUCUAGGAAAAAAUAGGUUCUUUUCUAGCACAUGAAGUAAUUGUUAAAACAAUAACAUACCAUAAAACGAACAAACGUAGUGCCUUGAUGAAUUCCGUGGUGUCAAUACUUGCUAUACUCUGGCCCUGCAUUUGGCACCAGACAAUAUGCUCACUGCCUACAUGAGCACAAUCAAUAUUGAAAUAGUUUGUGCUGACGGUGCCAGAAUAACUAUAAGACAUUAAGCUAACCAUUGUCUUUGAUUAAAAUGUAGAACAUUAAUAAGUAAUCAGCACUCUGUAGGGCACUAUUCAUUAUUAUGAUGAACUGACUAUACACCAUGUUGCAGAAAAGGUAACUGCAUACUACUAAAAAAAAAAUAAAAUUCCUGCUGAAAAUAUGCUGCAUUGAGUUUACUUUAUCUAGACUCACUAAUUUACCUGUCGCUUUUACACUAAAAUAUAGUGAUAAGAUCAAACAACACACCUUAAUUACACUCCACGCAAUGCUUUCAUGCUCUUGUUAACAAAGCACAUACUUAUACAGGAAAUAUCCAUUUGCACAAAAACGCUGCUUUUUAUUCAUGUGAAAUCUGGUCUUCUUUUUAAUAAUAAUUUUUUUUUAAAUCAGUGAUCGGACAACUGUAUACAGCUCAGUUAAAACUGUAUGGUUUGUAUUUAAAUAAUUGGCAUAGCGCCUCUGAAUACUUACACAAUAUCCAGAUCAUCAAAAAUAUACAAGCUAUUUUCCCUGAGCUUCACAAUGCAAUGUCACUAUGUUCAAUUAACCCGCAAUAUCAGAGGUGAGAUUAUAUACACUUGGCAUCACUGCAAAUACAUAAUCUAGCGAUCAAGUGUGUAAUCACAGUUAAUUACAAUACGUGGAUUUCUGUGGCCGUCAGAACAGAGACAGUUCAAAGUACCAUAGAGCCGCUUGUGUUUUCAUUCAUUUUAUUACAGUUAAUGGUUACAACUGAGAUUAUUUGUGAAAAUGUCUGCCAUUAUCAAAGGGAAUCAGAAAAAAAUAUAUUUGGUCAUUAUUUACAAAGAACACGAAACCUCUGAAACUAUCCACACAAAAGGGAAAAGGGGAUCAGGACUCAUUUGACAAGGGCAGACAUUCGGCUCUGAACAUUUAAAAAAGAAAUCAAA